GACCGGAAGUCGGUUUGGUUAGCGCUGGUUCACGUUACUUGGAGAACACUAAAGAAAAGGAGGAAAAGCAGCCGCUACCUAGAAGGACACGGGUUUGUUUUUUUAUUUUUUAAAUUAAGGAUAUUCCAAAUCAAGAAAACGUGGAAAGUCAAGAAAGCAACUGAGGCAACAGUUUUAUCCGUCCGACAUCAACAGCUCUAAUACAGCGGCCGUGGAAUGUGGUUGUCUACAGGUGCCUUCUUUUCUGCCUGGUAGUAGUGACGGGCACGGUGCGAGCGUCCCAUGAGCUUUGUGUCAGCCUGACGUGAGUGCUGUGGGCCCGGGCCUGUUUUCUCUGGAUCAGUGCACGUUCAGCACUGCAGUGAUGGAUCACCCCAGAGAUAAAGAAGGCGAGAGGUCGGCGAGGAGCAGCAAAGUGGCCCAGGGACGCAGCGGACACUCGCGGCCUUCCAGCUCCUCCACAUCCUCCGGCGUCCUCAUGGUGGGACCGAACUUCCGCGUGGGCAAGAAGAUCGGCUGUGGAAAUUUUGGUGAACUAAAACUCGGAAAGAACCUCUACACAAACGAGUAUGUUGCUAUCAAACUGGAACCUGUGAAAUCCAGAGCACCACAGCUCCAUUUGGAAUACCGGUUUUACAAAACAUUAGGGAGCACAGCGGAAGGCCUGCCCCAGGUGUACUAUUUUGGGCCAUGCGGGAAAUACAAUGCCAUGGUGCUGGAGCUGCUCGGCCCCAGUCUGGAGGACCUCUUUGACCUCUGUGACCGCACCUUCUCCCUCAAGACGGUCUUAAUGAUUGCCAUUCAGCUGAUCUCCCGCAUGGAGUAUGUGCACUCCAAGAACCUCAUCUACAGGGAUGUGAAGCCAGAGAACUUUCUCAUUGGACGGCAAGGGAACAAAAAGGAGCACAUCAUUCACAUCAUAGACUUUGGCUUAGCCAAAGAAUACAUCGACCCUGAAACCAAAAAACACAUUCCUUACCGGGAGCACAAGAGCCUCACGGGCACAGCGCGAUACAUGUCCAUAAAUACACACUUGGGGAAGGAGCAAAGUCGACGGGAUGACCUUGAAGCCUUAGGUCACAUGUUCAUGUACUUCCUCCGAGGCAGCCUUCCAUGGCAGGGACUAAAGGCCGACACGUUAAAAGAGAGAUAUCAAAAAAUCGGAGAUACAAAACGGAACACUCCUAUCGAAGUUCUCUGUGAGAACUUUCCAGAGGAGAUGGCUACGUAUCUGCGCUACGUCCGGCGGUUGGAUUUCUUCGAAAAGCCUGACUAUGAGUACUUGAGGACCUUGUUCACCGAGCUGUUCGAACGCAAAGGAUACACGUUUGAUUACACAUACGACUGGGUCGGCAGGCAAAUCCCCACGCUGGUCGGAUCCGUGCACGUGGACUCCGGAGCGUCAGCCGUGACACGUGAGAGCCACACACACCGAGACCGACCUUCCCAGCACCAACCUCUGCGGAACCAGACGGCCUCUUCCGACCGCAGAGGAGCAUGGGAGGUGCAGCCCAACCGGCAGGCCAACUCCUACCUGACCUCCCACCUGGCGUCGGACAGGCAUGGAGGCUCAGUGCAGGUGGUCAGCUCAACUAACGGCGAACUGAACGCAGACGACCAGCAGGCCCACUCCAACGCUCCCAUCACGGUGCAAGCAGAGGUGGAAGUGGUGGACGAGGCUAACUGCGUGAAAAUGCUCAACUUGUGGUGCUGCUGCUUCUUCAAGAGGAAGAGGAAAAAGAACACCGCUCGGCACAAAUGAUCCGUCACCCGCUCCACUCAGCCCAUUUUAAGAACGUUCAAUAAAGAAAUUUUAUUCAAAAGAAGACAACAAUGCCCUCAAUGAAUUGCCUCAAAGGGACCUGCCUGUGUGAGUGAGAGAGAGAGAGAACGGAAACAUGCACAUAUCGUGUGAAACGGAUGCAGGACUCAUGGACGGUUUUCUUGUAUCGGAAUAUACACACACAAACACACUUAUUUGGAUCUCUAAGCACUGGAACUCUAUCUCUAAGCAUUGCACUCCUUCAUGCUUCUUGUUUCGUUUCAUAUUUUUUUUGUUUUACGCCCCCCCCCUCUCCAUCCAUCCGUGAUGAGAGAGCCGGCUCUUUAAGGGAGCCCUCCAGGGUUCUGCCUUUGUGACAGACCCAGCAGCUCCAGAGGGGGGGAUUUUUUUAUUUUUUGGAGGGAGUCACUCUCAAACAGAGGAGCUUCAUCCACACUGGAGUUCAUAUAUCGAUCCAUUGCACCACCUGCUAGCUUUCACUACUCUCCUUUGUAUUUUCUGCUCCUCCUGACUGCGUGGUCAGAGCCUUUGAAAUUUUGCUAGCAGAGUUUGUGUAUCUAUUGGACAGGGUCAGCGUAAACCUCGUAAAAAAACAAAGCAAAAAGACAAAAAAAACAAACAAAAACGCUAACCGUCUUAACACAACAAAGCUAACAGGCCUUUCUUUGUGGACUCUGUAAAUGUGUGAAAUAAGCAGCCAAGUGUAAAGUGACAGCAUUGUAUUCAUGGCCUUCGACCCUCGUGCUGAUGCGAUGUGCUACCUGGCUCUGCUCUAAGGAGACGAGGAGAGCGUCCAGGUCUGUGGCGCUCAGUUCCACGGUCGAGAGCCUCAGCACACUCCCCAGUUCUACUGAAUGCUAUUUAAGCUGCUUGUUCUAAAGCACUCCACCCACACCGACCUGCCAGUCAGCCAGCCAGCCAGUCAUGCUGCUUUCUCCUCUUGUGAUAUAGUAUCGCUUUAACGUGAACCUGACUUUUCUAUUAGCUGGGAUUCAGAGCUGAACUCGCCAGUGAGACGCUCCGUGGUUCUCUUUGUAUCAAACGUUCUCACUGCGUUUAUUUGAUUUGAUUUGAUUUUUUUUUUUCCCUUGUAAGCGUCUUAUUUUUCUGAACCCAAUCCCUGGUUUAAACGUGGCGUUUCUUGUAUGUUUUUUUUUUUUACACUAUUAUUAUUAUUAUAAUUAUUAUUAUUAUUAUUAUUAUUAUGAUGCCAUAUAAAUGGAAACGAUUGCCGAAGAGAAUAAUUAUUUAAUGUGCCAGGGAGUAAUCCAGUCGGUCUGUGGGAGACUGAACAUUCUUUUAUGUCCCUAUAAUAUGUAUUUCUUCACGCCAUGCGUUUCUAUGUCUAUAUGAACAGAGCGUCAGAACGGUGUAACGGUUAAUAGGAAGCUUGCUAACGUUCGUAACGUGUAAUAAUGGCUGUUUAUGAAGUGUUUCCUUGCCUCGUAGCAGUUUCAGUGACCAGUGUCCGAUCCGGAUAGUUUUUUUUUUUUUUUUUUUUAAAGGGAUCAUGCAAACUGACGAUGGUAACUCGAGUGCUGUCUUAGAGAAGCCUCUCAAACUGCCACUGCUAAAUAUCCUCAUCUUAAUGCCUUAACUAACACUAGACAGCAGGGCUGCGGUUCUGCGUUAAGACACUACGGAACUCUUCUCUCGCCUUUUGUUAAUGUAGUACUUUCAGUCCCUCUUACAAGAAACGUAUAUAAAAUCCGAAUUAAACCGACUCCAAAUCUGUGACUGCUGGGUAUUGUUCAGCCUCACGUCACUUUUCCGUUCCCUCCCAAAUCGGUCUUGAGCGGCUCCGUCACGGGCAGGCCUGUGAUCUCUUAACCGUAGGAUGAGGCCACCCUUAGAGCCCAUUUUAGUAUCUAGCUUCAGUUCUGGAGAGCUUUACCACACCUGAUUUAACGUGCAAAAGGUCUGGAGUGCGAAUCCGAAUCAGGUUUGUGAAACUGUGUGCUGCUCCAGAAAUGGAGUUAGACAAUCCUUUUCGUCAAUUAAUUUGUACCUAAGGUGUUUUCUUUUCUCCCCUGUUCAGAACAUGGCUUAUUGGCCCAAAUCCCAUAUAGUGAGUCCAUGCUUUUUGUGAUUAAUUUUAAAAUGUAUAGUAAAUGUGAAUUGAAAUGAUAUACCCUCUUUUUUUUUCUUUCUUUUUUUUUUUCCCCCCCCCAUUACCAGGCCAUACAGAAUUUGGGAAGAAAGACAGACAGACAGAGAGAGAGAGAGAAUUCAUGGAUAAACGUGAACCGCACUACACUUUCACUACCUUUAGUCUCCUCUUUAACCUUCGAAGAUCUUUUAGCCAGUUUGAGAAACCGGUGAGUUAUGAGCUUUGAAUUUUGACCACUGAUGAUAUUUCUAGAAAAUUCCGAUCCAGUAGCAUAAAUAAUAAUCUCUCGAAAUACAGCGUGGACUAAAGAAAACGUGACCUCCUUUUACACGGACCAAAAGAACAGUAAAAGGGGAUGAUCUCGAUUGCGGAAUAUUUCAGAAAAAAUAUACGAGCAUUCGUCGUCGUCUUGUUGUUUUUUUGAAUGAUGCUAUGAGGAGCGAAGUCCCUGCCGGACGAAACCCCGACGCCCUUGCAGCUGAGAAACGGAUGUCGCUCGGUGUUUGUGGGAACUGAGUAUCAAGGACGGGCAGCUUGCCAUCGAACCAGUGUGUAUGCAACAUGCAUUGUGAGCAAUAUUUCAGAUUUGCUUAUCUAGAGGUUUUUUUUUGUUUUGUUUUUUUCUUGUUGUAUCUCGCACUCGUCCUGUGUAACUCGAGUCACAUCAGUUGUAAAUUAUUAUUUUUCUUUGGAAAGUACUUGAAUCCUACUCGCUCUGUUGGCACCGAAUCUCUCCCAGUAGUGUCUAAGGAGAGGCUUCUUUCUUAUUUUUUAUUUUUAUUUAAACUGUUGUUUCUUGUAUUUGCAUAUGAUGUGCCUCCACACGAAUGUUUGGUGGGAGUUUAGUGGGUGUUUUGUUUUUUGUUUUGUUUUUAUUUGGACGGGUGCUGCUUGCUGCUGUCGGGUGUGCCUGUGCGCUCGCUUAAGGGAGAACGACUUGUGCAAGAAGACGACGAGUCUGUACACUUCUUCUCCUUCUAUCCCACGCUCUUCCAUUUCUUUCUGCCAGGUUUUCAGAGUUUUAGGGUGGUAGUAUCUUGUCUGUAUGCUGCACAUCCUUGCUAGGUUUUGUUUUGGUUUUUUUGCCCAGAUUUGGGAUCAGUGUUAUUAAAUUUGGGUAAAGGUUCAAGAUGAAUACCAUUUUUUUUGUUUUGUUUUGUUUUUGUCUUCUUUUUUUUGUUUGAUUUUGUAAAAAAAAAAAAUCAAAAUGGAGGAAAUGUCAUUAGGUUGGGAAAUGUUUUUUUUUUGUGUGUGGCAAAGGGAGCCAUCUGCUGACCAGUUUCACUAAAAUGGGAUCUAUUUCUUUUCCUUUCAACACUAAACACUGAAAUCCUCGACGUUUUUACCGAGACGUCGUUCCUUUAUUUUUUAUUUUUAUUUUUAUUUUUUUUACCGGACUCUCGGCCGAAUCCGGCGUAAAGACUGACUACUAGCCGAUUUCAAAACGCAGCCGCUUUUCACCCUAGUCAUACUUUCCAUGACGAGGUGGUUGAAUAAACAGUGAUUUAUCCUCAGAAGAAGGUCAGAAAUGAAUGAAAUGCUCAAGGAUGUCUUAAUAGUCGUCAUGUUUGCAUCACCGUAGUCUCAUAAAAGGGAUCAAAUGAGCAAUUGUAAAUCGUUAGAUUAGAGGAUUUCUGCAGUCGAUCCAGUGCGUGGCCUCGGAUUAGGGACGCAGCGGUGAAUCCAGCGAGCUGGGACGUACCGCCUGGGCAUGAACUUUCUGUUCGUACAGCUUGUGUAAAAUCCCAGCCUUAAACCUGCAAGUAUUUUCUAGCUUUUUUAUUUCUUCUUCUUCGGAUCGCCAUUGCUGUCACUCAUCGUCGGUUAUAAAAUCUGUGUGAAAUUUUAAUGUGAACAAAUUCUAGAUCUGCUUCAUGAAACGGCACAUCCUUCAACAAAGUUCAGAUUGAACACCGCUACGAUUUUCAUCCGUGUUUUAUCACUACAGGUUGUUUUUUUUUUCCUCUCGCAGUAUUUCAGAAAAGAUUCUGUGCAACACUUUGGAUUAUUAUUAUUUUUUUGUUUCUAUCCAAGUAAUGAAAGUAUAACUUGUACAGUACUGUAAUCCCCCCUUUCCGGUUCUGGUUCUAUUUAAAACGAAGAAGAAGGAAAACAAAUCCUCUCAUGCAUUGAAUCUGAAGUCAUAAGUCUAUGCUGAAUUAUGAAUGUUAAUGCAUCUGAAUGGUUUCGUUUAGUCAAGGGCUUUCGAUCGGGAGGGACCCAUCCCUUUUAGUUUUGUUUCGUUUUCCCACUUGUGUUUUUCUUUCUUUUCUUUUUUUUUUUUUUUUUUGCAGAAAGAUAAAUGUCUUAAAGGCUAUUUUUCCUGAGGAGUUAUAUGAAGUACCACAUUUAACCUUUCAAAUACAAUUUUUAUUCCCUCCACUCUUAAAGGGAAAAUCAAGUUUGCACCCUUUUUUAUGUAAAAUAAAGGAAAUUGUCUCAA